CUUUUCAACUUAGUACUAAGCCUACCAUUUCUAAAAAUAUAGGUUGAUUUUCUUUUAUUUUUUCUGCGGAAGUUACAAGUCGUCAGGAAUAUGAUUUGCAUCUUUCUCAAUGUUUUAAAUGUUAUAAACAGUUCUGCGACUAUAUAACUGAUUUGCUGCAUUCUGUUUACAAAUGCAUGAGAAAUAAGACUUUUUGCUCUUGAUGGCUAAACGUACAGCGACUUCUGAAUUAAAUCAUGACAAUUGGGACCAAGAAGGGGAACCAGAGGAUCCAGGAACUUUCAAAACUCUCCCUGCUGAUGAACUGAAAACUCGUGUCUUUGCCAAAGCAAAAAGAAGUUUAGGAAGUAAUAAUUCUUCUACUGGAAGCAGUCCAUUUGCACUAUUUAGCGGUUUCUCUUCAACAGCUUCUGCAAACAGUUCCCCCUUUUUCAAGAAAAGUAACAAUGACAGCUUUACUUUCAAGUCAUCAUCAGAGUCCAAUCCUCUACUGAAAAAGGAAAAUGGCACGCAACCAGUAGUUACACAAAAGGAAACAGAUGAAAGCACAAAUUCUUCUUUGUUCACAAAAUCAGUUGUUGAAAAUAAAUCUCUAGACAUAAAAUCAAAUUUGGCUGGGAAACUAGAUGUAAAUAGUCCUCCGACAUUUGAAAAAAAGACUGAGCAUAGUAUGGAUGCUAACCAAUCAUCGGCUACUUCUGUUAGUAAAGGAAAACCUGCUAGGAGCAUAGAUUAUUUCAGACAGUUGCAAAGUUUGAAUGAAAGUGUUUUGAAGUGGAUGGAACUUCAUUUUUCCAAAAACGCCUGUUGUGAUUUUACGCCAGUUUUUAAUGAUUAUAAAAAACAUCUGGACACUCUCAACCUUACAUAUCCCUUUAGAAAAAAAGAAUCAUCAGAAAAAGAAUCUGGUUCAGAAUUCAAAAGUCCUGCUGAAAAAGUUCCUGAACAGAAGUCUAACACUACAUCCAAAGGUAACUCAUCAUUCACUCUUACAAACUUUAACAAGGACGAAACAGAUUAUGGAGCCAAUUUUUCUUCCAACACUACAAACACGUCAACAUUCAGUUUUGGGCAAAAGACGAUUCCAACUGCCACGUCUUCUGGCUCUACCGGACCUACCAGUAGUUGUAAAGUUGAAGCUGCCUCUCUAACCGGUAACUGUCAAUCAGAAUCUGCAGAGGCUGGUAAAGGUUCUUUCCCUUUCUCAUUUGGUCUGAAGAAUGCCCAGUUAGGAAAUUCAUCAAGUGCAAAUAAGCCUUUCAGUUUUCAAGCUUCAGCUCCUGCAGCAACAGCUGAAAGUGAAAAAGAAACUGAUGAAUAUGUGCCACCUAAAAAUGAUUUUAAUGCUGUCAAUGAAGAAGAUGCACUUUAUUCUAAAAGGUGUAAAUUAUUCUUCAAAAAAGAUGAAACUUACUCUGAUAAAGGAGUAGGAACACUUUAUUUGAAACCUUUAGAUGGCAAAACACAGCUUCUUGUUCGAGCAGAUACAAAUCUUGGAAACAUUCUUCUUAACAUCAUCCUGAGCUCUUCCCUUCCAAUGUCGAGAACCGGCAAAAAUAAUGUACUUUUAGUGUGUGUUCCCAACCCUCCUGUUGAUGCCAAAAAUCCUGAUUCUAAGGAUGCAAUACCCAUGCUUAUUCGUGUCAAGACUGCAGAAGACGCUGAUGAACUUUUAGAAAUGCUCAAUAAAUAUAAAUCUUAAAUUAAGUACCAACAUGUUACCCUCAAAUUGUUUCAUUCUCAAAUUUCAACUUCAACUGUUUUAAAUGUGAAAUA